GAACAGCAUUUCCGGCGUAGAAGAAGACUGUCACGCCGCGAUGCACAUGGAUAAGAUGUUAUGGUUUGUAUGGUUGUACAGCAUACAUAUCGGUAGACACGUUUUUAUCGUGAUUUACUAACAAGUGGACAACGUAUUGCUUGCAACUCAACACCCACCUGUAGGGCCCACAUAUUUAAGCACUGGUCUGUCAACAUUUUAAGAGCAAGAAUGAGCAGCCUGGAUCAAGACCAGAAUCUCCAUCCUAGUUGCCGUGACAAAACAACAGUCUCUAGUGAUUCAUCAGACACUCAUGAGCUUGCCAAGGAGCCUCUCCAAGGUCUAAAAUUGGCAUCACAUGCAGUGCUGGAGAAGGCGAAGGAGAGGGGCAGGUUAAAAUGCUCUAAAUGUGGAGGAUCAAGGAUGUUCUUCUGCUACACAUGCUGCUCAUUACUGGGUGUCAGCGUUCAAGAAAUCCCCUUAAUCAAGCUUCCUGUGAAGAUAGACAUCAUCAAGCAUCCCAAUGAAACAGAUGGCAAGAGCACUGCAAUCCAUGCAAAGAUCCUCGCACCCAGUGACGUCACCAUAUACACUUACCCAUGCAUACCUGACUACAAAAAGGACACGGUGGUGUUGGUGUUCCCUGGACCCGGGGCUGUCUCAGUUCAUGACAUGAUGCAGUGUUUGCAUGACAUGACCGACAGCAGGUCACAUGGCUCCUCUGAUGAACCCUGCAUAAAGAGGCUGAAAAGUGAGGAAGUUCAAGGCGCCCCACACACCGCAGACAAUCCGGGGUCAGGGACCCCUGAUGAAGCAAAAGACUUGAAGUCAAGGGUGUAUCCCCUACAGCGGGUGGUCUUCAUUGACAGCACAUGGAACCAGACCAACAAGAUCAGCACAGAUGAGAGACUGCAAGAUUUGCUCCGGGUGGAGCUGAAGAUGAGGAAAACGUGUUUCUGGCGGCAUCAGAAGGGCAAACCAGACACUUACCUUUCUACUAUCGAGGCUAUUUAUUAUUUUGUGAAGGACUUCCACGAGCAGUGCCUUGCUCAGGAGUACGAUGGAGAAUAUGAUAACCUUCUCUUCUUCUACUCCUACCUGCACGCAGUUGUCAAGAAAGCUAAGAUUUCUGCUGGAAAAUGCUGAGGAAAAAACUGAAAUCAGCUACAAGAGUCUUCUAAACUGUAGCUGAAGGGUGGCGUCACAUCCGAGCCCUUGUGUGUUUGCCUUUAUUUUUUUGGUUGAUUUUAUUUUCAGGGAUACUAUUUGUAUAAGAAUAUGCAAUAAAACACAAAGGGUUUACAAUUGCCAGACAUGAAUGGUGUUUUUGAUAAAUUAGCUCUGAACUCAAAGUGUUACAGUUGCAACAGUUAGGGUGUUUUAAAAUCAGAUGGGAAAUAGUCUUAUCUUGAUCCUUUUAAUUCAAGAUGUUGAAACUUGG